UUUUAAUUUAGAUUUGGUUCAGAAGUUCACAAUACGAUUCCCUGCACACACGGCUUGUUUUUCGUGGAUCGCAUUUAUUGUGACUAAAUAAAACUCUUUUGCACCCAUAUCACUGUGUGUAAUCCAUUUAGUGUCUGUGUAACUAAACACCAUCCCCAUUGGAAUUGAAAUGGAUAACGAUUCACCGAAGAAAGUUCCUCCGGCUUUCUAUAAGGCGCCAGUGAGGAAGACUCAUAAUUAUGAGUUUCCCGCUAAGGAUCGCGAGAUUAAAGUUAUUCAGCACCGUUUCACACCCCGCACUGCCUCUACUUCCUCUCCACAGGUCACUGAAGGUGGUCAGGCGAGUGAAGCUGGCAUUAAAUUAGGCGAUACCAUCACCAAAAUUAACGACAUGGACACUGCUGAAAUGACUCUGGCUGAAGCUCAUGCUGAGAUCCAAGCAACAGAUAAGAAAGUUCAGCUUUCUGUGAAGAGUUUUGAGGAUGAUGAUGAAAAGGCGAGUGACGAGAGGGAAGUAACGCUGAAGGCUAAGAAGGGUGCUGAAGCUCCAAGAAAAAAAUCCAUACCGGAACUGGAGAAGCCCAAAGAACAAACGUGGAUUCCACAGCCCGAACGAAAAGUCUGGCAUCCAAUUGUGUGGCAGCAACCUCCACCACCUGUUGCACAAGAAUCUUAUGGCCCAGAUGCUCCACACAAAAGGAUUAUCCGGAACAUCAGGCGUUUGCUAAAUGAAACAGAAGACGAUCCUGAGGAACGCUGGAAACACAUUGAAAAUAUGCUUUUGGCCCUUCCUACGGCCUCUAAGGUCUCCAAAUGAGCACUCUCCAAUAAUGCGUUGUUAUAUAUUAUAUUAAUUCUAGAGACCAUAUAUUAUUUGUUGAUGUCCUUUUCCAGAGCUUCUGAUCGAGAAUAUAAUAUAUUUACUCCUUUUCUGCUACAACAACUUAUUCAAAAUAUUACUAUUAAAAGUUGUUAUCAAUGGAAAA